CGGGAGGCCGAGCGCCCGGCGCGGGGGAGCCGCCGCGGCCGCCGCCCCAGGCUCCUGGAGAUGCUGCUGACUGCCCUGCACCUCCCUGCGUGAGCCAGCAGAGAAUGGAAGUGGCCGGAAUCAUCUGGGCAAAGGACCCUUCACCAGGCACUGGGAUGGUGUCCCCCUGAAGAUGGGAGUUACAAAUGGCCUUGUGAGCUGCACCUGUGGCACAGACACCUGCCCUGCCGCACCCCUCGCACAGUAGUCCCAGGCUGCCACAGGACAGGCAGGCGUUGGCCACAGCAGCUCAUCCUGUCAGCUCCUCUGUGAAAAGCUUUGUGGAAGAGCUUCCUUCUCCUCCUGUGCAUGCCAGCAGUGGGUGUCAGUGCCUCGUGUGCCCGCAGGCAGGGUGGGCAGCAGGCUGUGCAUCGCCCCCUUCCCCAGCCAGACCCGCGGCAGCCCAGCACGGAGCCCUGCAGCUCUGUCCCCGGGGACAAAUGCCAGCUGCCAGACUCUUCUCUGGAGACCCAGGAGCAGCCUGCGAGGCCCAGCACUGACUGCUCCCACGCCAGCAGCGGGCAGUUGGGGCCACCUCUUGUCACAGAUGUGACUCAGGCAGGACAGGAGCACUCCAGCUGCAGGGCACGGCAUGCAGCAGGGCCGGGGAUGCUCUGCAGUGACCGGGCGGCCUCACGCUGCUAGUGUGGACUUUCCUCCUACUUGUCCCUAAAGGAUGCUGGCUGCACAUCCAGAAGCUCCUGCUGAUGCAGCCUCCUAGAGUGCCAUGGCGAAGGGUCUGCGGGGCUGCUUGUGCACCAUGCUGCUGCUGUUCUGCGCCAUGCAGGAGCUGGGGUGCUGGGCCAUGCAGACGGCGGGGCAGGGCCCUGGCCUCGGGGAGCCCGGGGACCCUGCACUGCUGGCCGGCGGGAGAGUGAAGCGUGGCUGGGUCUGGAACCAGUUCUUUGUGGUGGAGGAGUACACGGGCACGGAGCCGCUCUAUGUGGGGAAGAUCCACUCGGACUCGGACGAGGGAGACGGCUCCAUCAAGUACACAAUCUCCGGGGAGGGCGCAGGCACCAUCUUCCUCAUCGACGAGAUCACAGGUGACAUCCACGCCACCGAGCGCCUGGACCGGGAGCAGAAAACCUUCUACACGCUGCGGGCACAGGCCCGGGACAGACAGACGGACCAGCUGCUGGAGCCCGAGUCCGAGUUCAUCAUCAAGGUGCAGGACAUCAACGACAGCGAGCCGCGCUUCCUCGAGGGGCCCUACAUCGGCAGCGUGGCCGAGCUGUCCCCCGUCGGCACCUCUGUGAUGCAGGUGAUGGCCUCUGAUGCCGACGACCCCACCUAUGGGAGCAGUGCCCGCGUGGUCUACAGUGUGCUGGAGGGGGAGCAGCACUUCACUGUGGACAGCAAAACAGGUGUGAUCCGCACGGCCGUGGCAGACCUGGACCGCGAGACGCAGGACCGCUAUGAGGUGGUGAUCCGUGCCACAGACAUGGCAGGACAGCUGGGGGGCCUCUCGGGGUCCACCACAGUCACCAUCGUGGUCACUGAUGUCAACGACAACCCGCCACGCUUCCCUCAGAAGAUGUAUCAGUUCAGCAUUGUGGAAACGGCCCCUGUGGGCACUGCCAUCGGGAGGGUGAAGGCAGAGGACUCUGACGUCGGGGAGAACACGGACAUGACAUACCAAGUGAAGGAUGAGGAAGGGGUGGAGAUGUUCAAAGUCACCACAGACAGCAAUACCCAAGAGGCUGUCAUCACAGUACAGAAGCCUCUUGACUACGAGUCAAAAAAAGUGCACACUGUGGUGGUGGAGGCCCUCAACAAGUUCGUGGACCCACGGUUCGUGGACCUGGGCACCUUUCGGGACCAGACCAUCGUGCGGGUCUCAGUGCUGGACGUCGAUGAGCCCCCCGAGUUCCGGCCCCCCUCCAACCUGCUGGAGGUCCAGGAGGAUGCACACGUGGGCUCUGUCGUGGGGGUGGUCACUGCCCUGGACCCGGACACAGCGAACCACCCUGUCCGGUACGCCAUCGACCGCAGCACGGACGCCGAGAGGAUCUUUGACAUCGAUGCCAAAACGGGGGCAAUUGUGACAGGAAAGGUGCUGGACCGGGAGACAGCAGGGUGGCACAACAUCACUGUGCUGGCCAUGGAGGCAGAUAACCACUCCCAGGUGUCGAGGGCCUCUCUCCGUAUCCGAAUCCUGGACGUCAAUGACAAUCCACCUGAGCUUGCCACCCCCUAUGAAGCUGCUGUGUGUGAGGAUGCCAAGCCAGGCCAGCUGAUCCAGACAAUCAGCGUUGUGGACCGGGACGAGCCUCAGAGCGGCCACCGUUUCUACUUCACCUUGGCACCUGAAGCCACCAACAACCACCAUUUCUCUUUGCUGGAUAUCCAGGACAACACGGCAGCGGUGCACACACAGAGAAUGGGCUUCAACCGCCAGGAGCAGGAUGUGUACCUGCUCCCCAUCCUGGUGGUGGACAGCGGCCCCCCAGCCCUGAGCAGCACAGGGACCCUGACCAUCCGUGUGUGUGGCUGUGACAGCACCGGGGCCAUCCAGUCCUGCAACAGCACCGCCUACGUGGUGUCAGCCACGCUGAGCCCCGGCGCCCUCAUCGCGCUGCUGGUCUGUGUCCUCAUCCUGGUUGUGCUGGUCCUUCUCAUCCUCACGCUGAAGCGACACCACAAAAGCCACCUGACCUCUGAGGACGAUGAGGACAUGAGGGACAAUGUCAUCAAAUACAACGACGAAGGAGGUGGUGAGCAGGACACAGAGGCCUAUGACAUGUCAGCCCUGCGCAGCCUCUACGACUUCAGUGAGAUCAAAGCUGGUGAUGGAGGUGGGGGGCCAGGAGAGGGGGGCCCAGGCAGAAACCCAGCCUCGGAGCUCCACGCCCUCCCCCAGUGGGUGCAGAGCCCAGACCUGGACUUCUCUGUGUUCAGAGACUAUAUCUGCAGGAAGGUGGAGCAGGCGGAUGAGGACCUCUCUGUGCCACCCUAUGACUCGUUCCAGACCUAUGCCUUCGAGGGCUCAGACUCGCCAGUGCCCUCCCUGAGCUCCAUCAACACCUGGUCCAGCGGCUCGGAGCAGGACUUCUCCUACCUGGGGGGCUGGGGGCCCCGAUUCCGGCAGCUGGCAGCGCUCUACGCGGGGCGCAGGGGUGACGAGGACUGCGAGGAGUCCUAGCUGCCCCUGCAGCCCCUGGGCUCCGGCCACCUCCUGGACUGGGGCUGCUGCCCGAGAGGUGCCACACGGGCAUCGUGUGCUCCUGGGCCAGACUGCACAGCUGCCGGCGAGAGGCUGCACCGGGGGACUGCUCCUGUGCAGCUGCCUUCGGCUCGGGUGGGCUCCGCACCCGCGUGGGGAGCCCAGAGGAGCCACCGGGGUGUCCUCAUCUCCUCAAAGCCAGUCUCCAUUAAAGCACUACCAUUGACUUAAGAAGGAGAAAAUCUAAUUCAAGAGGGUUUGGAGAGGGUUUCUCCCCCACAAAUUAUCAUUUAAAUAGAUCUGUUCGGUGAUCCCCAUCCAGGAGAGGAAGAGCAAACCGGGAGCCUUUUGUUGUCUAAAUUGUUUUUGUCACUUGAGUCAGAGCAUUUAAAGAGCUUUGAUUUCUUUAAGAGCUUUCCUUGCUGAGGGAAACAAGCUUUUAACUUCUGUUCAGAUUUUCCCCUCCUAAGUUUACUUGCUUUUUGAAGUCUUCCUUCUCGCUGCUCCCUGUGGGGCUCUCAGCAGCCCCCGGCUGCGGGCAUGGUGUCGGAGGGAGGAUGCCACGCUGGGAUCACAUCCUGCAGAACGGCUGCUCACAGGUUUCCCUUCCGUGCUGCCAAUCACUUCACCCCUGUCUGGUGAUCACAGAGGUGCUGGUGAUGUGAAGGGGAUCCCCAACACUCCCUGCACAGCAGACGUUGUCUGUGAAGUCCUGGUGUGCCCCACAGCCCCAGAGGCAGACAGGGAUGUCCCACCUGUCACCGAGGCACAGUGUUGUGUCCUGGGCCACAGAGCAGCUGUGGUGCUGGGCAGUGCCAUCAAAUUACCACCCCCAGGUGGGCUCUGCCAGCCCCUCACACAGGACCUGGGGUUUGCAGGGCUCCCAGCCAGGCACUGGCUGUCACCAAUUGAUGUGAGCUGCACAGGGCAGCAGGCAGGACGUCAGUGCUCCCUGGCCCACAGUGGCUGGGGGAGAGCUGCAUUCCAUGGAGGACCUUGCUGCAGGGUGCAGGAGAACGCCAGCCCCUGGCUGGGAAGAAUAAUUCCUGCUUGCACCCAGCUGACAGCAGAGCAUCACCAUUAGCAACAGAACAGCCAUCCCAGGAGAUGUGUGUGAGGCCAGAACCUGCUGGCACAGCUCUGGGGCCGAGCUGGCUGCAGGUUGGGCAGCACAUCUGUGACACCUCAGGACACCCAGGGUGUCCCCAGACCAGCACAGUAUCCUGCUGCAAACCAGCAUGAGCUCCCAGCAGGAUUGCUUUUGCAUGUAAUUCCUGGGUUUGGGAGGCAGGUGAGGAAGGUGCCAGUGGGAUAUGCCAGUGCUCCUUAGGCUGCAGAUGAUGCUGGAGGAAAGCGCUGGGUGCCCAGUGCCUUCCCAGCUUGCCAGUUACCACAGGGAAAACUGAACAGCCUGUAGAGUGAUGUCCUUGCACAGCACCUCAGGCCAUCCUGGCUGGUGCAGCUCCUUAUCUGUUGGGAAAAAAUCAAUUAUAUCAUUGAUAGGUAACUGAUACAGUCUCCUAAGGCCUGACACAUCCUGGGCUUGUCAUUGGGUUUGUCCUUUUAGUUUAACUACAGCCACUGUUUUCUCUCUUUGGAGAAGGUUUAACUGUAGAUGUCUUUGCGUGUCCAUUUUUUUACUGUGUGUUGCUUCCCGGCUGCUGGCGUUGCUCCUUUGGCUGCAGCACGAGACCCGGCAGCAGAGAGGGACAGGACCUGUGCCUGCCCUCAGCUGCUCCUGCCCAGUGCCACCACGGCCCCUGUGCAGAGCCCAGCUGGGCUCAUGCUGGCACCAGGAGAGCCCCUCAGGCCCCUCUGGUCCCUCCGAGGAGGCGAUGGUGCUGCGGCUGGCACCUGUGCCCAGCGUGCUGCUGGUUCACUGUGAUGAUGCUGGGGAGGCAGCAGGGCCCUCGAGUGCCAGCUCUGGCCACACCAUCUCGAGCACGUGGCACCCCGCACCUCCAAGCAGGAGAACGGAGAAAUCCCUCUCUUUCCUCAGGAAUGUGUUCGUGUUUUCCCUCUGGGCUGCAGAGCUGAGCCCCUCCGGCACUGGCCCCUCCUCUAGCCAAGUGUUGUGCAAUAGCAGGGCUCUGUCCUAGGAGAUGGGGUCUGACAGGGUAGGUGUUUAGCACCCCUCCCUCCCGGCGGGUUCUGCCGUCCCCGAGCAGCCCGUGCUCCGCAUGCACUCACGCUCGCGUUUUCCUUUCUGUCCCCCUGUAAAUACGGGAGGAGCAGCGCGGUGCCCGCGCCCCCUGCCCGCCCCCGCAGGAGGAGCUGGCAGCUGCCACCGUGUCCGAUGGAGUCACUUCGGUUUUGUUUCUCUACCCAGAUGAAAUUAGAAGGUUGAUUUCCUCACCCUUGUUUUUUUUUUUCAAGGUCUUUGUGGGACCUGGAAAUAAAUUAUUUCCUUGUCGUCUA